CUUCCCACGAGUACUACCCUUUUGACACCACCAAUCUUCACCGUUGCUGUUUCCAUCGACGACCUCACUGCUCGCCGUUGUAGACGACGCCCAGAGGCAUUUAUUUAACUUUAUACCAUGGAAAAAGCGAACACUGCGCAUAUUCCUCCAUCCUCAGAGUCGGCGUCAAUCGUUAAAGUGUCGUCACCGCUCAACCCUUCUUCCCCCAGACCUGAAUGCCGACGUCGAGGGCACUCAGUGUCGACGCUCGGAGAGCUGCCUACCAGCCCGCUAUUAUCUGCCCCUACCUCAUCACUGGCCAUCGCCAUUCUGGGAGACAAAGAGUCUUCCUCGUUCCGCUCGCGGUCUCGAUCCAAGUCACCAGGUGUCAUUGAUGAGUCCGUUUGGAAAAAGUCUGUCGGAGCGCCCACAUCUCUUGGAGAAUCGGCGUCGACAUGGUGGGGCAAAGGCGAGUUCGUUCCAAGACCGUGGAAGGAAUCGCCGAAGCGCAGACAUUCAUUGCCCGCGGAGCAGAAGGAGGGUUGGGUUCUGACUAGACAGCGCGUGGCUCAAGCGGCAUCAUCGAUCCUGGGUAAUGCACUCGAUGUUGGCCACGAAGCAUUGGUGUUGAGUCAAGACUUGCUUGAAUUUGCUCCAGUUCCAGGCUUGCAAAGUAUCGCGGGAAUGCUGCUUCAGAUAUGGGACACCCUGCAGCUGGUAGAUAUGAAUCGUUUACAAUGCCUACGAUUGACGGAACGCUGUGCAAAUAUCCUUUUGUCGAUUCGGCAAGAGAUACAUGAAGCUGGUGAUAUGGUCGGCACUGAGUUGUCCCUUCCUAUCUCGAAACUCACAGACGCAUUCAACGAGGUCUACGUUUUCCUUCAAAAGCAGAUUCAUCGUCCUUUCCUCAAGCGCUAUCUUAGACGAGAUGAGAUUUUAAGGCAAAUUGCGGCCUGUGAUUCCGGACUACAGGACGCUAUGGAAACGUUUGGUCUCUCUAUCCAAAUUCGUAUCCUCAAACAGGUUCAGGCGUCAGAACAGCGAAGGCAGAAGGACACAGAGGUCAUCAUUGAGUCGCUGAGGCGGUCCAAUGCCAUUUCUGUGGACAAUGCCCUUCAACUUACAGGCAUACGGGAAGAGGAAACUACCCCCAAGCUGCCUGCCCUUCUCGGCCUCCCUGGUUCUGGUUCCUAUGCAUCGCUCAACACUGGCCCUUUCAAAUCUCCUUCGUCUGCGUCACUCUCUCUCCCACCUGAAUAUCACUUUCUGUCUACCCCUCCGCUCCCGGCAUCUAGUGCUUCGUCCGACACUCCAACUUCGCCAAGAUUGAUGUCACCUGCCCCAGCAACCGUCUUGCCAACUCUCAAGGAAUUGAGCGCCAAGCAAAACGAACACGACAUGACGAUGGAUGCAGCUGAUUUGAGGGCGUUGCUGCGGAAUGCUCUGAGCGCUGGCAGCGAUGUGCAAAUGGUAGAAACAUUAGGCGUAACGAGGGAGGAGAUGCCUGAGGCCAUCAAGACAUUACAAAGAGCGUUGGAAAAGAUCGUGGAGAGGCAAGGCAGCAUUUUCAGUAGCGGAGAUGAGGCCGAUGUUGAGGAUCACGGUGUAGGCAGCGACGGUCCUUCCCUAGCAACACUGUCAAAGGAAAGAGGGAAGGAAGUUGCAACUGAUGACGCCGAAUCUAUUUCCAGCGCCGGGCACAAUCAUGGCAAGUUGAUCAAGAUGGUGAGGAGGAUUAGUAUGCAGGGGAGGGAAGCUGUCUUGCCUGUUGCAGGCGAAAUAAAGAGAUCGAAAACAGUGUCCACAACCCGGAGUUCGACCAGUGACAGUAGUACAGACAGCAGGAGGAAGCGUCAAGAAAUUUCUUCCGUGAAGAGGGAAGAUACGUUGGAUCAAGAGUUCAUGGAGAGCGGUAUCGAUGCAUUGCGGCGGAUGAGUGAAGGUGCCGAAGCAAACUUGAAUCUACCAAGUUGGACCAUCACUCGUUAUGAAGUUGACCGCGAGCAAAAGAUCGGUAUCGGGUUCUUCUCUGAUGUUUAUAGGGGAACGUGGCGUAAACAAACCGUGGCUAUCAAAGUUCUUGCAGAGACGACCCCAAGAAAUCUGUUCAUCCGAGAGGUCGGAAUCUGGAAGACGCUGCAACACCCGAACGUACUGGAGCUAUAUGGUGCCAGCAGUGCUAGUGGUGAUCCACCGUGGUUCUUCGUCAGUCCCUACCUGAAGAACGGAACGUUGGUGGAGUUCUUGCGAGGGAUGGACGGGGGCAAGAGUAGGACUGGGAGCUUACCCGAUUCGCGGAAUUCUAUGGGCGCUAGCCCAGGGAGGGCCAGAGAGGCGAUUCAAAGAGUAGGCCUUGGGCUAGACCUGCCUACUGGCAGGGGAAGAAGUGAUAGCAUCGGUGGAGACUCAUUGGUAGUUGAUGGCGGGAAGGGAUGGGACCUUCUAAAGUUCAUGCAUGAGGUCGCCAAGGGAAUGGCAUACUUGCAUAGUAAGGGCGUGUUGCAUGGGGAUCUCAAGGCAUCUAAUGUUCUUGUCGAUGAUCGGCUUCGCUGCGUCAUCUCUGACUUUGGUCAGAGUGAGAUGAAAUCGGAAGCCUUUCGUAUCAGUGGGACGCCCCUGCCUCACGGCACAUUGAGGUGGCAGGCGCCGGAGUUGAUGAUGGGUCUAAGCCAGCUGACUACUGAGAUGGACGUGUACGCAUUUGCGAUGUGCUGCAUCGAGAUUCUGUCCAUGGGACGACUGCCCUGGCCAUUCAUGGACGAUGAUACCGUUAGGCAUUUCGUUCUUAGGGAAGAUUCUCGUCCCGUUAUUCCAUCGACGCGUUUCAGUACUUCGGCUUUGCAAAAAUUGAUUCGAGCAUGUUGGCAGAAGGACCCAUUCAUGCGUCCAAACUUCUCCACGGUCGUUCAAGAAUUGAAGCAGAUGCGAAAAAGCUCGGGAUUACCUGAGGAGGUCGUCUUGCCAAAAUUCCCUGAACGGCAGGACAACGAAAGUUUCGAGUUCCGUGUCUCGCGUCCCAGCCCCGACAUGCAUCCUGUACCUUUGUUACCUGGCACGCCUCCUCGCGACUUGGCUUUCGGUCCGCUGCAAGGUUCUCCUUCAGCAUCAUUCCGUACCGCUCGAGACAUGUCGGCCUCACCUCCAAUGCCGUCUCUUCCGUUCCGAGAGGCUCCCAUGAAUGUCCACAUGCCUGAACCCAUGGCAUACAUUUCGUCAGCGCCUUUGAGCCGCGCUUCUUCCACUGCUGAGUCGACCACCCCUAGUUCCCAGUCAGAAGAUGAAAUCAUUCGCAAUAUGAUGGAAUACGACGGUUAUGAUUCUCCACCCGUCGCUGACAAAAGAAUCGCUGAAGCCCGGGAUGAACGCAGGUACAGGCUACUUUUGACCCACAAGUUCCAUCCGUCUCUCACCCUGCCGUUAUGGACCCCGUCUCAGGUGUACCUUGGCGCUGUUGGAUACUUACAGAAGCCGGAAGGUGCCUUUGUAACCUUGUUCAACUGUGUCAAUCCAGAGAAAUCGCCUGAUGAGCAUCCGACUGGGAUGCCGUCGGUACAUGGAUACGGCAAGAUUACGGCGCAGAAUCAGCGGUUAGACCAGCGUAGCGCCGCCCAAAGGGGACUCGAUGCUUUUACUAACAUAUUCAGGAAGAAUGAUAGCAUAUCUUCGCGGCGGUAUUCCCACCCGCUUCGUGCCGGACAUAAGACCGCAUUUCUGUACACGGAGACAACUGUUUACACAUAUGUUGAGAACCUAGAUGCGCCGAAGAAGUGGUUCAAGGCUAAUGUUGACGAGAUCCUGGCGACGUACGGAACCCAACAUCGUAUCCAGAAGGAGGACCUCUUCCUGGUUAUCGGAACAUUAACUACUCCCGAUUAUGCACUGUUUGUCAGUCAUAGACAUCCAGAUGGACAAGCUUACUUUAAUGUUCUCCCUCCUAGAAAUGGUCAGCCGUGGGGUGUGAUCAAAACCGACAACGAGGUUCCCUCUGAACUUGGUCCUUCCUAUCACGAGGACCUUCCUUUCGUGUCUGCCAGUAAGGUAUCCAGAAACGGCUCUCGAGACGUCACCAUUCUCAUCGCUCGACUACGCUUCAAACCUGACGUUUUAGAACCGACGUCACUAUAAUCUACUCGUCUGGAAUCCUGGCUUUUUGCAUUCUACGGACUUAGAGCAUAUCUUAGUUUGGCAUUACUGUUAUCUAUAUCCACUGCAUUCGUAUCCUUGUGUCCAAUUACCAGAUUCAACAAUUGUAUCUAGAUUGUAAUACGCCAAAUCACCUGUGACCUGAAGAGACAGUUGUCGCACCAGCUGUCGACUCUGUGAACAUGAUGACUUUGAUUCG